AUGUGUUUGAUUCUCCAAAACAAUUUAGUAGCUGGUAGCAAGAAAGCUCUCUCGAUGACGUCAUCGUCGAAGUUUGAACUGAUCUGUAUAGUCCUGCUUGGACUAGGCCAUAUGUUUGUGUUCAUAGGAAAUGACGCACAGACAUUUCUCGUCGAAUCUGUGACACAUUCUGUAAAUGCUCGUCAGCCUGAUCGAAUAGGCGCACAUGCAGGAUAUUAUGGGCAAGCAGUAUGUUUUGUUGCUUUCAUGUUUGGCUGUCUGUUCACGCCAUCCAUACUGCCCGUGCUCUCUGCGAAAUGGACUUUAUUUUUUGGUUCACUAUGUUUCACUAUUUAUCAUACUAGUUUCUUUUAUUUGAACAGCUACUUGUACUAUUUCUGCUGCACAUUAGUGGGAACAGGAUUUGCGCUCUUCUAUACUGGUUAUGGUUCAUAUAUGACUGCACAUUCGACGAGAAGAACUAUCGAACAGAACUCAGCUAUAAUGUGGUCUAUCGGGAACUUUUGUCUGUUUUUCUCGGCAGCACUUCUAGUGAUCAUUCUGCACUUCAACGAUUCAGCAAAUUCUUCCGCUGACAUCUCGAACUCCACGAUGCACAGCGUACAGCCUGCAAGUUCGCGUGAAUUCACUGACAGUGAUAUUGCAUUAAUGUAUGGAGCAUUUGCUGCGGUUACUGUAUGUUCAAAUAUUAUCUUCGCCCUAAUCCCUGCCCGAGAUAUCGAUGACUGUAUUGAAGGAGGGAAACCGAAGCGAUUGCUAUCAUUCACUGAGGAAAUGAAAGUGAUGCUAUCCUCUUUCGUCAAUCCAAACAUCCUACUCCUCACUCCUCUAUUCUUUCACAUCGGUGUCGUAACCGCAUUCUGGUUGGCGGUCUAUCCGACUACAUUCCUAUUCACGCAGUCGUUUACCGUUUAUACUUAUUUGCCGGCGUAUUACAGCGCCUUCGCUGGCUUAGGAGAAAUUGCAAUGGGUGUCAUCAUCACGUAUGGUUCCCGUCUAGUCAAGGAUUUCGGUUUGUCACCGACUAUGUCCCUCUCCUCAGCAACCACAAUUGUGGCUCUAGGCACUAUAGCCGCAUCUGUCCCUCAAUGGGCGACGAUCACACCGACAAAUGAACCAGCAUGGUUAAUACAACCAAGUAUCUGGCUGACACUUCUGGUUGGAUUCACCUUCGGAAUGAUUGAUUCAGCGACGAAUACUGUGCGAAACGUAGCAUGCGCUUUAGCGAUGCCUGAGGCUCGAGCGCAAGCGUUCGCCAUCUCGAAAUUCUAUCAGGCGUUCGCCAGUGCGCUUUCAAUGGUGCUCAGCUCUCGGAUGUCCAUCUAUCAUCACGUGGAACUCCUUAUUCUCACCACUAUAAUCUCAACUUUAGCUCUUGUUUGGGUCCAGAGACGAAUUAACAGCAAAACAAGCAGCACGCUUGCAUCGCCAUCUUCAAUAAAACUGCGAAAUACAAAUAUAAGUGAAGCUAAUUAG